ACGGACAAAAUGGCGAAUGUCACAACACCCGGUGGCUUUUCGACUCCUUACAACACAGUUGCAGGCAGUGUGUCCCCAACCAAAGCACAUGGAGCAGAAUUCUUUGCUGUGGCAUCAGGGGUUCAGAUUCCUUAUGUAGGAAGAGAUGAAACUGGACUCAAUGUUAGCAGAAUUAGCACACCUCCAUUUUCUGAAGAAUAUCCCUCAAGACUAGCUUAUAGCUCUUCAGCUCCACUAGCACCACAGCUCUCAAUCCCUCAGCAGCCCAAGGUAUCAACUAAGGGACAGCCCCUAGCCAAACUUGCAGAUGUGUUUUCUCAGUUUCACCCUGUUACUGACAAAAGUAGCAAGGACAUAAGCAAAUCCUAUUUGAAGAAAAUUAGCUCAGGGCUAGCCUUUAAUGAAGAUGUGUUACAUGAUCGUGCACCCCAUACAUUACCUUAUAAGGAGGAUGAGUUGAAUGUUUUAUUCAGAACUGGAGGGUUAAGCCAUGCUAAAGGAAACAUAGUUGGAGUUGUUGGACGCCAUGACCCACGCGGCGCUGUAAGAAAGCAUGCUUUGUGCCACUUGAAGGGACCCAAGAAACUUAAACCCUUGAGACGAUCAAAAACAACACCAGCGUCAUGUGUUACUGAUAAAGGAAAGCUCAUUUCAGCAACAUCUAAUGUGAAAGGAUCACUAUCGUCUACAGAUAAAUUAGCAUCAAAACAACCAUCAAAGCAUGAAUGGGAUGAAUUUGUCCUGGCUUGCUUGAGCAAAUCAACAGCUCAGUGGAUUAUAAAUGAACAGUCAUCAGGGAAUGACAAGGAUAGACUUAGAAGCUUUUUUGAAAAAAGGAUCAAGGAAAAAGAAGACGAGCUACAUGUAGCAUCAGACAAUUCCCUGGCACCAGAUGCAGACGAGAGAACACAGACCUCAGCAAAGAAAGAGCCAAAAGCAAAAAAGUCACAGCAAGCCCUAGAAACUCAUUACACUCCCUCUUUCACUCUUCCUUCUUCUGUAGGGAGCAAGAAACUCCAAAGUGAGAACAUAUUUCAGCAGGAAUUGCUUGGUGGUGCACAACCUGUUCCUUCCAAAAAACCUUCAGAAUCCAGUUAUAUUGUGCUUGAUACCAAUGAGAAACUCAAAUUCAAGAAGCAAUUGCAGGAAAAUUAUCCCAAGGAAUCCAAGGUUUGGUAUUCCAGUGAGAGAACAUCUGGAAAGAAAAAAGUGAGAUCACAUCAGAAACCCAAAAAGUUGGUGAAAGGGUUACAACGAUGGCAGGAACUACCAGUAGUUGUACAGGAUGAUAAUUAUGUGCCUGUCAUGAAAGACUCCAAUGUUGAUGUAAAAGCCUUGAGUAAUGCUUACAGGGAAAAGAAAAAGAUACGCGAUGACUCAAAUGUGGUCAAGAUUGUGGAGGAGUGGAGAUCCAAGUGGUUUCUAGAACGUCGUUGGCAAAAAUGUGGGACAGAUGAGCUUAUCAAGGCUAUGAAUGACAUCAAUGACCAUGUUAGACUGGCAGCAGUGUCGGCGUGCAGUAAGGCCGCUGAGCUGCGACAGAUCAAAAAGGACAAGCACCAUCUAGGGAUUGUUCUGGACAAGUCAAAGACACCAAGCCCACCGUUGGAAGCAGUGUUGGAACCUGAACUCAUAGAGACUAUCACAAAGCUGUUAGACGACAGAAACUCGCAAGUCAAGGUUGCUGCUUCUAUUACACUGUAUUCACUGAACAGACCCAGUGACAAGGCUAAAUCCAUUCUUUUAUGGGCCAUGGAGCACGGAGGCCCCCCUGAAAAGUGGGCAGCGACACAGUGCUUAGCGCUGAGUGGAGUAAUCACAGAUAAAAUCAUCGUUGAACUUGUAAAUCACCUGCAUGCUGAUAACGCUGUGAGAACAGAAAAGGCAGGAACUUUGUUAGCAAAGCUGAGUCAGCAGUCGGAUGUUGUUCAGUCGUUGAUUGCGGAAUUGCUAAACAGCAAUAGCUGGAAAGACCGUGUAACAGCUUGUGCUGUUAUUCCGAAACUAAAGGGAGGAGUUAAUAAGGAUAUGACUCAGAAGCUGUCUUAUCUGAUGUGGAAUGAUUGGAACAAAGAUGUUCGCUCAGCCGCUGCACAGGCUCUCGGGAGAACUGGAAAUGGCAAGCUUGUCCAUGAUGCACUGCGUGAAAGAAUACUCACCGGAAACGAGCGGAUUAAAGUGGACGCUUUGAAAAAGUUGUCAAACCUCGGCAUAAUGACGGCCCGUCUUUUGCCAGCCUUACAGGAGUGCUUUAAGAGUGAAUAUGUAUCUGUUAGAAUCGAAGCUGCUAUGGCCGCCGGUAAGCUGAAUAUCACAGAUAAGGGUGUACUAAGUUCACUGCUUCGUUUGGCGAGUGACGACAAUAGCUGGAAAGUCAAAGCACAUACAAUAAAAGCCUUGGGGUCUAUUGGAGUGGUCGAUGAAAAGCUUAUCGAGGUUCUGUUGUGGGCCAUUCGUUAUGAGAAGGUUGCCGCUGUACGCGCCGAGGCCUGUAACGCUGUAGCAGUGCUGGGCUUGAGAGAUGAGCGGUUGCUUAACGUCCUUCAAGAUCGCCUUGUUGUUGAGACCGAAGAAAUUGUAAAGAGAGAGGCGAUCAUCACAUUGGAAUCAUUGGGUGUGGAACCAACUGGAGACCUAGAAAUGGUGGAAGCCAUCAGAAAAGAGGUCAGGCGAUUAUGUCGCAAAGACGCCAUUGUCGCGCACAUUUUACACGAAGAUCACUCAGCUGAAUACACUAGCGACUACAAACGUUUGUUCACCACUGACAAUGUAGAAGGACUUCCUACGCGUGUAGCGUCACGCGCCACGAAACAAGGUUCACGAGCGGUGUCACGGGCGACCAGCGAUUCCUCGCGAGGAUGGGAUCCAAUACUAGCUGGUUAUCAAGCGCGAGAGAGAAUGUCCCGAGCACCAACCCCUGGUGAUCUAGUCAUGAGGCGCUCAUUUUUGCCGUUGGACUUAAACAGUACAUCAUCUGAGAACAGCGUGGACAUGAACUUGGAGACAUGGGACGAGUUGUCCGAGAGUUCUGUGGACGAAGGGGAGUCUGGAAGCGAGACAGACCAGGAUGAAGUGCGAGAGGAAGACACUGAUAUAAAAAACGAGAGAGAUUUUCAAAUCGAGAAGGGGAUUCAAUCGGUCGAUGGAGGUGCUACCAUCGCUAGUGUCACUUCACCGUCGAAGGUCGAAUUUUCGGAUGAUCGAGGAGUUGAAAGUGCUUUGCCUUCGGCUCUCCAGGAUGGAAAUGGCGACCAAGAUGGCGACACAUUUUUUGAGCUCGAAUCAAAUAAGGACGAUCCCGAACUUCUUAACCUUGCCGACGAAAUCAGUGAACAUAACGUUACUUCGUCAAAUGAGUACCGAUCUGAAGGAGGCAUAGAAUCUAAUACAGGUCCUGUACCGUCCCGGGGCUGAAUUCUGACCUCAUGGACUAACGAUAUAACGACGAUUGAAUUAGGUUUUGUGAUGACAGUUUCUUAUCUUGUUUAAACUUGCAGUGUUCCACGCUGGUGAUCCCCAGAUUCUCUAGUGCAAAGAAUACUAUUUUUUACGUCAACCGAUUGUUCAUGUUAAUGUAUAUGUUAUAACAGAUUGAUGUAAAUAGA